UUUCAAAGGUCCCUCAGCCUGAAACCAGGAGCCAAACAAUCAAAAGAGAGGAGCGAGGGAUGGGCGCACAGGAGCAGGAGGAGGCCGGAGCCCCCUUAGAAGGGACGAAGCAGCAGAAAACCUCAAAAGACGUUCAUUUCUGCGUCCUCCCUGAUAAAUACGAACCGCUGAUAGAGGAGUCAGAGGAGACGGAGGAGGCAGAGGAGGACAGGAGGAGGAGAAAGGAGGAGAAGAAGAGAAAGAGGAAGAAGAGGUGCAAGAAGUGUCGAAAGAACAUCUGCAAAGCGCUGCGCUUCAGCUGGCGCUGCCUGCUGGCCGGCCUGCAGAGCAUGGCGUCCGCCUACUCCACGCCGCUGUCCGCCGUCCCCACCGUGAUGAUGGAGAUGAAGCGACCCGGCAGCGGCGUGGUGUGACGGCCAGCGGACCGGGAGGCGACGGAUCAGGAGGCGGCGAAUCAGGAGGCACAGGGGGCAUCCGCCAUUGACCUUCUGCUGCGCCUGCUUGGUUGGACUAUGAACUGUUGAUGCUGGGGGAAUGUUUACACUGAAUAAAGUUAUGAUGUGGACCC